UAUGACGUAUUUUGAAUUUAAUAAAAUCUGACAUUAUAAUAAAAGCAGUAAAAAAUAAAUUGCCACGGGAGAUAUUAAAGCACGAAGAAUGCAUUUUCUAAAAAAAUUGUCCUUUUCAUUUAGUCGUAUAUUAAGAAAUAACGUACGACGCACCCUAACCUCUCAAUAUGCUGCAAAUGUGGAUGUUGACAAAGAUAAAGAGAAAACGAUAUUGGUGAAACAAAUGGAUAAAAUCACUACAAUCGGUAUUAACCGUCCUGAAAAGAGGAAUUGCCUCGAUGUAGCGACUGCACAUUUGUUAUCAGAAACGCUAGAUGAGUUUGAAAAUAACAAAGAAUCAUUAGUAGGAAUAUUAUAUGGAGUAGGAGGCAAUUUUUGCGCUGGUUACGAUCUCAAAGAGAUUGCAGAUUAUGAUGGUGAACACGAGGAAAGCAUACCACAUUUUGGACCACUGGCAAAUAGAACUCAAUUAUCCAAGAAGCCAUUGGUAGUAGCUUUGAGUGGAUAUACUGUUGGAAUAGGAUUCGAGCUUGCUUUAAUGUGUGACUUGAGAGUCGUAGAGGAGACAGCAAUGGUAGGCUUCUUAAAUCGACGUUUUGGCAUUCCAAUUUCAUGUGGAGGCACUGUCCGUUUGCCUGCCAUGAUUGGAUAUUCCAGAGCUAUGGAUUUGAUAUUAACAGGAAGACUAGCUUCUGCACAAGAAAUAUUCAAUUGGGGAAUUGCACAUAAAUAUACAACUUGUGGUACAGCUUUAGGUACAGCGAUGAACUUAGCGAAUUCUCUUGUAAAAUUCCCGCAAAAAAGUUUGCUAGCAGAUCGCGCUUCAGCAUAUUUUGCUACGUUUUCACCAAAACAAAUAGAAGAGUCAUUGCAGUUCGAGAAAGACAAUUCUUCGCAUUUGAUAUUGGAGGAAGGUGUUUUAGGCGCCAAAAAAUUUGUCGAUAAUGGAAUUGGAAAGCAUGGGAAGUUUUAUAAUAUCACGAUGGAAGAUAAGAGCAUUCGAGAACUAGAUAAAAAUUUAUUAUAAAAACUUCUGGCGCA